UCGGCCGCGUGUUCCCGAUCCCACGUGAUUUCAUUUCCCCGCCGAUUGGGCGCGCGCUUCGAGCACGUGCGUUCAGAGCGGCUGUACGACGGAUAGGACGCGCUAGGCUUCCAGUUCCAUCGAUCGGCGCUUGCGGGACCGGACCUGCUUUAUAAGGAGCCGCCGCGAUGAGCGUUUGCGUGUCCAGCACAGAGCGCCUCGACAUGGACCAUGGGGGCAGCAAAGAUGCCAAGAAGCCGCGCGGCCUCUUCGUCAGUUACACAUGCGUUGGCGUCGCUGUCGUCUUCGUCCUGUCAGCCCUGCUGGCCGUUGGUCUGCUGUCGGGCUACCUCGGAGAAAAGCUGCCAGGUCAGGCAAGGAAUGAGAGUUCAUCGGUCAGUGACAAUAUCAAGCACCAUGCGACGAAGCCCGAAAGAAACGUGCGCUUACCGCGUAGCAUCAAACCUUCCCGCUAUGAUCUGGAACUGAAGCCUGACCUCAAGGAUAACUUCGGUUUUACGGGUUCUGUGACAGUGACCAUUGAUUGCCUCCUGGAGACGGAUAACGUUACGCUGCACGCGAAUAAGCUCGAUGUUUAUGAUGUGUCUGUGACGACGGCUGGUUCCAACGACGUGGUACCUCACGGUGAUGUCUACAAGGUAGAUGACUUGCAAUUUCUCGUGGUGCCGCUCAAGAACAAACUGAAGAAGGGAGGUGUUUACAGUUUGCGUAUGCGCUUCAAUGGGACAUUGGCUGAUGAUCUGGCAGGAUUUUAUCGUAGUUCGUACAAGACACGCGAAGAUCAAACCAGGUGGCUGGCGACGACCCAGUUCCAACCGACGGAUGCACGACGAGCAUUUCCCUGCUUCGAUGAACCGGACAUGAAGGCCACCUUCGCCGUUACAAUCGUUAGGCCACAAGGCUAUAGCUCGCUGUCCAACAUGCAGCUCGAGAGGACGGAGCACAGGCCAGAUGGACUGUAUGCGGAUGUCUACUAUCCCAGCUUGAAGAUGUCCACAUAUUUGUUGGCUUUCGUCGUUUCUGAUUUUGUUAGCCAAGGCACCCCAAGAUUCAGCAUCUGGGCACGUCCUGAUGCGAUCAAUCAGACAGAGUAUGCCCUGAGCAUUGGGCCGAGGGUAUUAGAAUGUUACGAACAGUACUUCCACACAGAAUAUCCCCUGAAUAAAACAGAUAUGAUAGCGCUACCUGACUUCGAAGCCGGUGCGAUGGAAAAUUGGGGACUCAUCACUUACAGAGAAACAGCCUUGCUUUUAGACAGGGUCGAGUCAUCUGCAGCGAACAAACUGAGAGUCGCCAUAGUUGUGGCACACGAACUUGCGCAUCAGUGGUUCGGGAAUCUUGUCACCAUGGAAUGGUGGGAUGACCUUUGGCUCAACGAAGGGUUUGCAACUUACGUGGAGUACUUGGGAGUUCGUCAUGUCGAGCCAACAUGGGGAACGGAGGAGUUAUUUGUUACCAAUGAACUGCAAGACGUAAUGAAUUUGGACUGCUUGAGGUCUUCGCAUCCAGUAUCGGUGCCUGUAAGCGACCCUGCAGAAAUCAGUGAAAAUUUCGACAGGAUAUCUUACGGAAAGGGCGCAGCCAUAAUCCGCAUGAUGAACUUUUUUCUUACGGAGACUGUUUUUCAGAAGGGAUUGCAGAACUACCUUUAUGAAAUGAGGUUCCAUAACUCCAAACAAGACGACUUGUGGCGCUACCUUACGGAAGCACAAGAAGGCACAAACACGAUCAACGUGAAAGACGUCAUGGACUCCUGGACGCUACAGAUCGGCUUUCCGGUUGUUACAGUUUUUAGGUCUUACGACGAUAGGUCCGCCUUGCUCUCACAGAAGCGCUUUGUCAUCGAUGGAGAUAACAGCACCAGUACUUCACUCUGGAAAAUUCCGAUCACUUACACUGGGUGCAAUGCUCCAAGAUGGGAUGACACAGAAACCAAGUUCUGGCUAAAUAGCUCUACAGGUUUCAUUGCGCAACUACCAGAAUCCACGAAGUGGUUCAUUGUGAACAUCAGACAAGUGGGUUACUACAAGGUCAAUUACGACCAAAGGAAUUGGCAACUCAUUAUUGACCAGCUACAGAAAGAUCACACAGGCAUUCACGUGAUAAACAGGGCACAGAUAAUGGACGAUAUCUUCGACCUUGCGAGGGCUGACAUGGUAAAUUACACCUUGGCACUCGGCUCGACGCAAUACCUAGUCAGAGAAAGAGAUUUUACUCCUUGGGCGGCAGCGCUUAGUAGUUUUGGACACAUCGACAAUAUGUUGCGUAUGACUGAAGCUUAUGGUGAAUGGAUGAAAUAUGUUGUCUCGUUGCUGAAAGACAACUACGAUACUCUGACGUGGACUGAAGAUGGUGGUGAACCUAUUCUCAAAACGUUCCUUCGAUCGCGUACUCAUAGCUGGGCGUGCAGUUACGGUCACAAGCAUUGUGUCACCACGGCACAGGGGCUCUUUAGCUCCUGGAAAAAUGAUGACAGCUUCAUCCCGCCAAAUUUCCGCUCGUUUGUAUACUGCACUGCAAUCAAGCAUGGAGAUUUCCUUGACUGGGAGUUCGUUUGGCAGAGGUAUUUAAAUUCGACGAUUGCAUCCCAAAAGAUCAUGUUGCUCAGUGCGCUCGGCUGCAGCAGAGAACCAUGGAUCAUGAACAGUUACCUGAAAAAGGUCAUCACACCAAACUCCGGUGUGCGGCGUCAGGAUGCCAUAACUGUAUUCCGCUCUGUCGCCGGAUCCGCCACAGGGUGGAAUAUCGCCUUCCAGUUCUUGAUGGAACACUGGGAUAAGAUCCACGAAAUAUUCGAGACGUCGACAUUUAGCCUGGCGGGUAUGGUGCGAGCCAUAACAUCUCCCAUCAACUCGGAAUAUCAGCUAAAUCAGUUUAGAUCCUUCACCGAGCUGAAGAAGGACAGCCUCAAGGCGAUCGACCGAACCGUUCAACAAGCGCUCGAACGGGCUGACAACAAUCUGCUAUGGAUGCAGCGGAACUUUGACAAGAUACACAACUGGCUCUUGACGAGAGCGCCAUAAGAACAAUGCGGGUUUCUGUAUGUGGCCAUCCAAGCAUAUAGUGGGCGAAUCGCAUUCGUGCGACAAAAAUUCGGAGGAUCAUGCAGCUUGUGUUGGAUCGAGUAAAGCACAGUGUCCGGUAGAAUGAUGGAUUACUUAACCUAGUGCCGAUAAAUUUAAGAUUAGUGACAACUCUCGAAGAGUGUACAGACACUUGCUUGUGGUGUAGUACGGCGGCGGACAUAAUUUGUCAGUGAAAAUCUGUACAGCCGUGUGCGUCGUGUAAUUACAGCACCGUGUGAAGCAUCAGUUUCAAAAAAGCAGUCAAUUUCAUAGAAGACAACGAUAUGAGACAAAUAUUUCUGUAUAUUAUGUACAUAGUAGAGAGUUGAAGUGUAACCCUCACAGAAUCAUAGGAUGUAAUCACCCCUCACUCGCAUUUAAUCGAUUUUAAUCAGGGAUCAUAACCGCGUUACGGUUCGCUCCGGGUUCAGUUCCCAAGCUGCAAGCGAAGAGGUUCGAACUGGUUCUACGGAACCGGAUUUUCACAUCAUUGAAAUUGGUGGGAAGCAACUAUGUCGGUACUGCCUUCAGGGAGCAACUUGGCAAUGAUUUACAUAUAAAAAAAAAUGGAUUACGAGAUUCGAAAAUCUGGCCCAGCAGCAAGACAAACUUGUGUGCGGAUUCCGAGACCCACGCAGAGUUUUACAAUUAUGUGGGAAGACUUCCGUCAGUCUUACAGCACUGCUGGCGUGAUCGCUGCCGGAGGGUGAACCGGACUUUCUCUCGAAAGUGAACUCUUACAACAUUUCUUUCUUUUUCAUUUUUCAACAAAGUACAUUGAUGGUUAUAUGAGUUCUAAUGUCGAGCUUUGCGCUAUUUUUCUUUUAAGGUUAAAAAAAUAAACCACCUGUUGAAGGGAAAAAUCUAUGCGAAAAAUCUCACGAAGAUCACGAAGCAGUUCGGAGGGACACUCCUCCUGUGUUUCAUUUUACUUAGUUACUGGGUGACUGUUCCUAGUUUAGUCAUCUCGCUGUCUGAGUAUUCUCAAACAUAUACACACACGCAAGGAAAAUGAGACACGUUGAGCGUUCCUCAGUGGCGGUGUGGCAGCGGACGUCCAUGCUCGCUCUCCAACAGAAAGCGGGCGAGUGAGUACAACGUCACCCUGUGCAACCAUAAUUGAUUUAUUUUAUUUUCCGUGUGAUUUCUGCAGAUCAAGGUCCGCGUGGGCGAAAUUGGAGAGCCUAAAUUUCGCGUUGCUAUCUUUUAAAUAUUUCCCUUCCUCCCUCUUUUGAUACGAAAAAAUUAUGCAAACGUAGCACAACUAUCCGUGGUGUAACCAGAGUAACCGCGCAUUGAAAUUGUUCCUGUGUUGAAAACGGGAAUACCACUUACGGAAAUGUCCAGAAGCCAGUGUUUUACAGGUGGUUCGCGGGGCGAUCUAGCCAUGGUACACAAAUUGGGGUAUGGGCGGCGAGAAAGAAAACUUUUGUGCGUGCGAGUUUUGAGAUACUCGACUCGAAGUAAGAUUUUGAGUGUAGAAGAAUGAUGGUCUUGCACUGUGCCGCGAUAUUGAAUCUGUACUACAUUGACUUUCUACAGCAAGCAUUCCAUCGGAACCGCUUCGCGAAUCAGUGUUGGGUUGGCUCCAGAAGCAAGGAAUGCAAUAUCUGCUCAGGUUCUGUACCGGACGCGAUCCCUAAUUUUAAUGCGUGUGUUUGCGAUAUGUUGUCAUCGUCAACAGUGACUUUGCGGUGGUGCUCGGUGCCGAUGGGCGCUACGGCAAACUACAAUCAACGUUCGAAAGGCUAGAGCAAUUUCGGCAGAAUUCUCGGUAACUGUAUCAGUACUGGCGAUGCCCGCGGUUAUUCGGCAUACAGUUGAAAUUCACUGGAAGCGUACAUUGGUCUAAGCGAAUGUAGGACACUAGUUUUUUAACAAUCGCCGUCGCAUCGAUGCAUGGUUUCGGUUGUGACUAAACAGCGAACUUUGGCGAGUACUCUCGCAAGGAAUACAUGUGCUGAACCGGGAUAAUCCUAACAUUGCCUUAAUUAUUGCCUAAUUUCUUAGCCUAAUUAUAUUGCCUAAUCUCUUAGCAGACAGUUCAAUUGUUAGGCGUUGUUACUAGCUUAAAAAUGUGAAAAUCUGGGAUAGUACAUCGUACAUAGGAUUCAUGCAAGCACGUCAUAUACAAUGGUCAUCUUGAACAGCAGCAUCAACAUGUCUUCAGUGCUCAAUACUUCCUUCCAGAAGCUCGUUUUUAUUGUCCUUUAUCUGCAUAAAAACACGAAGUAAGAUAGAACAAAGACUGAGCACACCUUAAUCGCUUAAAGGCUACAGUCAGCUACCACCCACUGAAGACAUGUCAUGCCAUUGAACAUAUGUCAAUGUAGCUUACAUAUAUGUAAGCUAUGUCCUUGUCGAAGUUGCACAAGAUUGAUCUUGUUACAGUGCUAUCUUUCAUUUCAUAACGCUUGGCUUUGUUCGAGAAAAUCAUAAAAGAUGUACGUGCGACCAUGACUUCGUGUUUUCAAUCGAUCAUCAUUGCAUCCUUUGAAGAGGUGACGUCGCGUUAUCUGCGUGUGAAAGCGCAACGCGCAGCACAGUGGGAUAUGCAAAAAAAAAAAAAAAAAAAGAAAUCUGUUUAUUUUCCUUGUGUUUCGCACAUCUGUUUGCACAUCCCAUGUUUUACCAGGAGAAGAAUGUCAAUAAAUGAGAAUGUGAAACUCUU